UUCAAUCCGAAUGUUUUUAGCACUGCCUGGUCCGUUCUGGACUGGUCAGUGCAAGCGCAAUAACAUAUUGCGAGUGGCCUUUUACACACACGGGUUGUCCCACUUCGCCUCCCCAGACAGGCGACGGUCUCAUCCACGAUAUACAACAGCCCGCUUUACAGACAGCCUGCACUGGCUUUGCGGCAAGCUGGUUUUUUUCGAAGGAAGGAUCCGCGUCAAUGUGCCUCAGGAUUCUUUCAGAACACGGAAGAACCAGGUCCUGAUCCAUCUGUUUCUUCGUCUGUCGGGCUGGUAAAGCUCCGUGAGGGAGAAACAGAGAACUCCGAUCCAAAUGGAGCCUUCGCAUCCGGUGGGCCGCUGAGGCGAGUUCUCCUGCUCCGUCGGCCCUCGUAGCAUCCGGAGAAUCAACUGUUUUACUGCUUCCUCGCCUACUGCCAAGCCGACCGCAAAUGAGACCAAGCGCGUUCUCUGGGACGCCAGCGCAAGAGCUUGCGCACUAAGGUGAAACGUUCAAAGCGUCUUUCUCGCCAUGGAAACCGGACCGCCGGGCGUGAAGCAGCGGGAUAACGAAGUGGAGGCUGUGGACGCGAGGAACAUGGAGAAGCCCGUGAAAGGUGACAAUAUGAAUGACGACGGCGAAAACGCUAGUCGAAGCACAGAGGACGACGCUCUCAAUGACAUUUCACUGGAGUAUUCAUAUGAAGAGCUUUACGCGGCAACAGCAGGGUUCUCGGUGAUUCUGGGCCAGGGAGCAUAUGGAAAUGUCUAUGAAGGCGUGUUGCGCGAUGGAGUAGCUGUGGCUGUUAAGUGGCUGCAUAAGCCCAGGGAAGCUGGGUUCGAGAAGGAAGUCCAAGUACUUUCGAAAUUCAGGCACCCGCAUCUUGUCAUUCUCUUGGGGUUCGCCCGCCAUGGGAAGGAUCGAUUUCUUGUCUACGAGCUCCUCUCUGGAGGGGACGUAGGCAUGCGUCUUCAGAAAGGUCCUCUCCUUUCGUGGCAAGAUCGGCUUUCCCUGGCUCUUGACUCUGCCAGUGCUUUGUCGCAUUUACAGCAUCACAGUCCUCAAGUGUAUCAUCGAGACAUUAAAACAGCGAACAUUCUGCUCGACAAGCACAACAGCGCAAAGGUGGCUGAUUUCGGCCUUGCGUGUCUAGCCAAAAAAGGCGAGAACGGCUGUGCAGUGAAGCAAACAGCGGGCACAAUUGGCUACGCCGAUCCGAAAUACAUUUCAAGCGCGGUUGUCACGGAAAUGACAGAGGUAUACUCAUUCGGUAUGGUUCUGUUAGAGCUACUGACGGCCAGACCCCCUGCAGUACUCAACGCCGAUGGAAGCAUCAGUUAUCUGCUCUCGACUAUCGGGACAUCCAUUCGUCGAACUCUUGGUUACAUUGACCCGCGCGCUCGAUUCCCUCCACACCUUGCUCAAUCCCUGGCAAUCCUUGCCUUCAGCUGUAUUCAAGCGGACGAGCGACAUCGACCCCCGUUCCGGAGCAUCGUUCAGCAGCUUCAGCUCCUCUGCACUGCGGCUAAUCUUCAUCCUUGUCCUUCCCUAGCUCUGGGGCGCGCUGUGGCGGCGGCUGCCAGUGGCGCUGACGCCAAGGCGGGCAAGGCGUUGUGUUCGUCUCCACCUCUUUUGCCUGGGGUUUCUUUUGAUGCUGCCGCGUCACGUGAGGCAAAAGCAAUGAGGAAGAUGAUACGUGUCACGGGGAGACGGGAUAGCCGUGGAGAGUACAGGGAGAGAGAGAGACGUGACAAGCAAGACAAUGAGUGCGACGACGCAUCCGACUCUUCCAGCAUGAAAUGCGCCUUAGGGAAUGGCUGUUCGCGUGCAGCGUAUGCUGCUUCUGACGAGCUGGCUUUCCUUGGGUCGCCACCCCGAGUCGGCAGGGGGUUCAAGCUAGAGGCGAAGAGACUGUCAAAUAGGAAGACAAGAAUGGAUGGAUUUGCAAAAGAGUGCGGUGGAACAAGGAUCAAGGCCUCAGAAGCAACGGCAUCGCGGAAGGGUGUAGAUGGAGGCGCACAAAGAGAGGAAAGGACGCGAGUCGUGUCGGGAUGCCGACGAGAAAGUCAGGAGGAAAAUGAGGCAAAACGAGGUGAUAAUGUCCUGGGACAGGCACGAGAACAGAUUGCUGAACAAACAAGCAAAGGGUCUCUCACAAUACAGAUGAACCAAAGAAACGGAGACGGGCGCACACUUUUGAGGAGUCCAAGAUUUGCUCCCGAUGAGACGGCCUCCGAAAAGAGUGAACAUGGCAACAACUGGCAACUACAGCGAAAUGACUCUGAGAACACAGGCCGCUGCUCAUCGUCCGCUUCCUCCCUUGCAGCAUCGACUAGGUCUUCCGCCGCGACUGAAGACGGGCAGCCUGCCUGCGGGCGGGAGGCCGCUCCCCCCUUGUCGCCAGCCGCUGGUCCAUCUGACGACUCUCCAUCCCAGCUUUCACAACGUGAGCGUGAAGACGCGACAGUUGAACGGGAUUCUAAGUUGGACAGCGGCAACGUCGAGUUAAAGUCGCCUAUCGUUCGUCCGCCACACCCGAUGAUUGGCAGUUCGUUGCCUUUCCACAGCAAUGGCGACGAAGCUACUUAUGUCGCGGACCCUACGGCCACCGCCUCAGGCAUGUCACCAAAAGGCCAUGGCAUUGGUAGCUUGGCGUCUCAAUCAAACUACACAAAAGGAUCCAGGCUGCGCAUUGUCAGUAGACAACCACUUGCAGGAAGCCUUCCUUCUUCACGGCGUGCCGAUUGUGCCCCCUGGACUUCGUGUGUCAAUCCCGGUGGUCCGUCGCGGGAGAGUUGCCCCUCGUGUACCCCGGAGGCUCCUUCACGGGUAUCGCCUGAUGAGGGUUCAGAGGAGGAAUUCGAGGCGUUUUCUCCGUCUGAAGAGCCAAGCGCAUGUGACAGUCGAAAGUUGUCUGCUGUUGCGAAGAGCGUCCCUUCUCUCGAAGCAAAUCACCCGAGAGAGUUUUUGUGUCAGGAGCCUGCUGAAGCAUCGCAUGUGCCUUUUGCCACGUCAUCUGAUGGUCGCCACGCAUGUACGACUCCUGCUUCGUCUACAUGCAGUAAAUAUUCUCCAUUUGGGUUCCGUCAAUUGUCUUGGGAUUCAGUCCGUUCAGCAGAGUCUCUUCGAUGUGCUUGCGGUCAUCGCGCAGUAACGCUCUCCAGCAGGCGGGGAAACAGCCGCUCGGGGACUGCCUCUUCUUCUCAGCCAUUAGCGGCGGGUUCUCAGGGCGAGGCGGUUGCGUCUGAUGCGGAAAAUUCUUCUCCUGGUGCAACACUCCCUAACCGACGGGGAUUUACGGCCGAGCCAGGGCGUGAUUUUCCCGGAGAGCGAGUGACUGACCACGAGAGAGUUGGCGAAGGCGCCUCCCACUGCCAGUUACGCAGAAAUUGCACUGCGCCUUCCUUCCGCGCUGAUACUUGUGAGAAGCAUGUGGUGUCUCGGGCGGAGGUUCCCCGUUAUCUCCACAAGGGUUCUUCGACCAGGACGUUUCAUGAUGAGAGAGGGAACCUGCCGCGUGAGGCCAACGAAGACAUGCAUGAGCCACCCCACGCUGAUUCGUUGGCACCGAAAGUACCCCUUGCGUUCUCGAAGACAGAGAAACCAUCUGGUGGCAGAUCACGUGGAGUUCUAGUCUGCGAGGUGCCAGGUGCGUUUCCUGGAGAACCGCCUCCUGGUCUCCCUCCAAGGCACUUUGAUGGGACACAGGUGGUUUGCUGCCACAAGACCAUCCGUAGGGAACUGGACUGCCUCAGCGGGCAGUGUGGGGAGCCAAGAGACAGCCUGAAACGUCAGGACUGCUCGCCAGGGGUCACGAAGGAGGGAAUCGAAGAAGACAAACGCGAAGCCCACGAGCCGUAUCAACAAAGAAGUGUCUCGUUCUGCAUGUGCGCAGAGCGAGAAGGUGACGGUGAAUCUUCUUUUCCCGGCGGGUGUGCCUGUCAACGGCACACCGUAGGUUCUUGCUCUGGGGAUCCGUCACCAGUCAAUACUUGGGAGGACAAGGCAGUAUCUCGGAGUCACCACCAAGCUGUUCCAGCACCUCGAAUCAGCCGCUACGAAGAGGCCAAAGACUUGCCGAGAGCAAAGCCCUGCUGCGAGCGACCCGCGGGGCGAAAAGCGACGAGCGCCUCACACAAUCCCCAGGGGUUGUCGUCAUGCGCAGAGCGGUUUAGAGGUGACGAAGGAGAAUCGUCGGUCUUCCCCACAUCUCCUGACUUCCACCGGGGAAGCCCACGAACCGUUGGGGAAACAACGCAGUCGGCAUUUUCUCUAUCCUCGGGGAAGGGCCUUUGUGUUGUCAGUGAGAGUGACACUGCUCAAGGCUCGACUUGCUUUCCUCCGUUGCCCCACUGCACGAACACGGUUCAGUUGGUCUCGCCUGACCAAAGGGCGACUUUAGCCACUUCUCCCCUCCUUUCUGGAGCUUGUGCCGCCCACUGCCACUACAGUUCUCUCAGACCAGGCAGUGCAUGUCAACUCACGGAAGGCACAGGAGGGAGCACAAGUAGUACCGCGCCGGCAACACCCCCUAUUAACGCAGGCAGUGCUUGCAACAGCGCCCGUGGAGAAGGGAAGCAGUUAAACAAUGGAACAGCGGGUACCUUGCGGGUCAGCCGAGACAUGUGUCCUCACUCUUCUAAGGAAAAGGGCGACACGGUGACUCCGCUCCAUGCUGACACGGUUUCAUCCAGCGAACGAGCGCAGUCUGGGCUGCUGGAAUCGGAGAAGCCGCCGCCGUCUGCUUUCAGUCCGGAGCCUUCCAUGGAGGUUCUGAAGCGCCACUCGGACUUCUUAGGCGAUGUCUCCGGAGGCCCUCCACCAACCACUGUUGCUCUCGCAUCAGGUGAUUUGAGUCAGCCAGCGUCUGCAGCUCCUGGAGUAUUAGGAGACGCGAGCACGUGCCGCCCCAAGAGUGUCGCCUCCCAUCUCCCCCAGUUAUCUGUUCGGGGCUCCGCAGGGGGUACUCCCCCUUGCCUCGUUGGAAGCAAGAACAGCGGGACCGGUCCAAAGACAAUUCGGCUCCCCCACACCCUCGCGGUAGCGUCAGCCACAGGAACGCCACUCGAACUGGAAGAACCUGCGAACGACGGGGACGUAUCCCCUAAGAAGCCACUAUCUCGUGAAUCGAUAUCCAGAGCUGAAGGUCAUCCAGAGCAUAAUGAUGCAGACGCCCAGACUUCUGAAGCCACUAAAUACGAAAAAGUAGACAUCCCCUUUUCUGAGGAUGAGGAAGCAACGGCUUUGCAAAGUCUGUCCCCUGCUCCUUGCGAUACGACUAUGCACAAAGAAAAUGAGCUUGCUGAUGCGCCACAUGUUCUCAACCGACAGCCUCUGACAGUCUCGUGGCGGUCGUUCGCGAUGUGGUCCGAUUGGGGAAGGCUGUGGUCCUGUCCAGCUUCUACUCAAGCCACUUCCACAGAAGAGCCUAGCGAGAUGGCUACUAACGAGGGCAAGGCUGACCAGACGUUCGGCGAUUUUCCAGUGAGUGUGCCAAAAGAGCUCCCAGGCGACGACGUGGGAUCAGCAGGGUGGGUGGACAGUGGUGGAGACCCGCUAACCCAUGAAGGAGAGAAUCUGUUGAACUGCAACGACAAAACAGGUGAUGAGCCCGUUUGCAUAACCCAAGGCGACUCGUCGCUUAACGCUGGGGAAGAAACUGACGGAGGACCAAUUCCAAAGGGCGCUACAGCUGAAGCAGCCGAUCGUGGGCAAGAGACACCCGAUGCCUUGUCGCUAGUGCAACAGCCGACAGUUCAUGACGUUCCGGUGACGCGAGGACCAGAGGGUUUCAGGGAUUUUAUUGCGUCGUUGUUUUCGGGGCGCCAACAGCCGGAGGUCUCUACCACAGAUCCUAUCGAACCUGGCCAUCCAGACGCUUUCUGCCAGUCCCCUGCCCCUCUCUCGUCAGAUUUCCAGUUCACCAGCGAGAUACCGUCCUCUUUUUCAUCACCAACAUCUGGGAUAUUUUCUCGCAAGGCACAAGUGCAACGGCUGAACACAUCUAGUUGUUCGUACCUGGCUACUCCAUGCAACGAACAGACAUCUCGGACACCGUGUGCCGCUUCACCGCGUCCGGGUCACUUCAUCCUCUCACCCAGCGACGGGCCUAAGUUUGAUGUGGUGCAGGGGGAGAGUUGUCUUAAGGAUUCAGCGCCAGGGACGACGGAAGGUGCAGUUGCAGGUGCCGAAUCCAACGAACGCAUUCAAGACGUCCACACUGACAAACACAGGCACGCGUGUUCCAGUUCUGUCGAUCUUGAGAGAGGGGAGGCGAACGAAAGAGGAGCCCAGGAGGAGGAGGCAAGAGAAGGAUGUGGGCAGAGUAAGAAAGGUAUGAACGGAAGUGGCGCUCACUGUAAAACUUUUGUAAGAGCUCUUUCGGGUCCGAAAACCCUCCGCCAAAUUCAAGGCAGGGGAGUGCUUUCUUUCGAGACCGCAUCAGUGGAUGACGCGCCCGAGGCUCAGGAGGUGCGCGCAGAAAAGGCUAGACGCUUCUUGGCUGGGGAAGUCGCUGACGAACCGGGAGCCAGCAACCAAACAACUGCCAAACGGGAAGGCCGUCGGGACGGAGAAUGAGGUCGAAGAAGAAAGGGAAGGUGAAGAAUACUGGAAGGAACAGGAAAGGAACCGACUGAACGGCUGACCAGGUUUUAUACGCGUCAGGAUGCUAUGGAGAUUUUGUCACGGGCACGCGGAUUGCACAAGUGUGUUCGCGUAAGAAGUCUCGUUCCCUUCGCCUAUUUCCGUUGUAGUCCAUUUCUCAGAGAAAUAGCGUGGAUGGUUCUGAGAAACAGUCAGGUGUGGAAAGAUAAAUAGAACGAGAGGCACGGCGCACGCGACCGCCCUCACUCACGACUAAAAGCGUAUACUGAGGAAGAUGAAACCAUUUAGGGAAGUGCUACAUGUCGAAAAGAUACGUUGCUUGGAAUUUCUUUCUGAAAUGCAAGUUAGCGCGUGAUAUGUUAUUCAGGAUGUGUUGCUUGGAUGUUCCCCACCUCGUGACACACAUUUCGUUGUCUCAUUUAUAAUCUAGGUUUCGCGUAGCCUCCUGUCAGAGAUCUCCAGGAUACGCCGCGACUUUGAUGGGAUUAUAGGUUGACCCCUCUUUGUGGUUGUCAUUUGUAAGCCAGCGUUUUGCUUCCUUUUGCAUUAUUUAUCUUCUGUUUUUCGUCCUUGCCUCCUUGAUCACUCCGUCAAGUGGCUAGCCGGUACAUUUCUAUGAGUGCCGGGUAGACGGUUCUCUGACACCGGAAACCACGAAUUGUUUACACUGGUUUGCGGGGAACGAAAGAUCAGGUCUUUCUGGAUAGGUUGUUUUAGUUUUGGUCGGCAGGUGGCAUUUCGUAUCGAGAUGUACCAAUCACUUAUCGUCGUAGCAAAAACUCUUGAACAUCCCUUAAUAAGCUUAUUCUUUCGCUGUAUGCAUUCUGCGUCGAUCGUCACG